AUGAACGAUUUGGUGAAGGAAAAGGCAUAUGAAAUUCCAGCAGUUGCAUUUCUUGGUCCAUUGGGAUCAUAUUCCCAUCAAGCUGCAUUGAAAAAAUUUGGAUCAGAUGCAAUAUACCAUGAGCAAUCAACCAUUGAUAAAGUUUUUGAAGCAGUUAGUAGCUGUGCAGUGCCAUAUGGUCUGGUUCCUUACGAAAACUCGAGUUUUGGGACUGUUCAGCAGACAUUAGAUUCAUUCUGGCAUCUUCCAUCAGACUCUUCGUUGGUUGCAACUGCUGAAGAAAUGCUCAUCGUUCACCAUUCUCUCUUGUCCAACUCAGCUAUGGCCACAAUCAAGAAAGUGUAUAGCCAUCCACAGGCACUUGGGCAGUGCGCCAAAUGGCUGAGUUCCAAUCUACCAAAUGCUGAGCAAAUUAGUACCUCGUCAUCCUCAGCAGCCGCGAAACAGGCUGCAUCUGAGCUCGGAGCAGCAGCUAUAUGUAGUGAAGUUUGCUCAAGCUUAUACAGCCUGAAUGUCAUUCAUCGCAAUAUUGAAGAUUUAGAAGGAAACACGACCAGAUUUUUUGUUAUCGAGAAUUCUGGUGAUCGAUCAAUAGGAAAUGUCAGGACUUUGAUGUAUCUUACAGUAGAUUCAUUGAAUCCAAGGGCAUUGGGGGAUAUUUUACAAGUACUGACUACUAGACAAAUCACAAUUCAAAGAAUCGAAUCAAAACCGUCUGGUGAACAUAUUUGGCACUAUAUCUAUUCUUUUGAGGUGGAUGGAAGCAGCCAUGAUACAAACAUACAGGAAGCCAUUGCUGAGAUAUCUGCAAUUUCUCAAAAAGUUCGUAUUGUUGGAUCAUUUAUAGUUGGCAAGGUUUAA